AUGGAAUCAAGGCCCAAGCUUCACUAUCCCAGUGGAAGAGGCCGCAUGGAAUCCAUCAGAUGGACAUUAGUGGCUACUGGAGUGGAGUUUGAUGAAGAAUUUUUAGAAACAAGAGACCAGUUGCAGAAUUUGCAGGAUGGUAACCACCUGCUGUUCCAACAAGUGCCCAUGGUUGAAAUUGACGGAAUGAAGUUGGUGCAGGCCCGAACUGUUCUCCACUACAUAGCGGAAAAGUUCCACCUCUUCGGCAAUGACCUCAAGGAGAAAACCCUGAUUGACAUGUAUGUGGAAGGAACACUGGAUCUUCUGGAAAUGAUUAUCAUGCAUCCUUUCUUAAAACCAGACAAUAAAAAAAAGAGCAUUGUUAGCAUGACCCAAAAGGCUGUAUUCAGAUACUUCCCUGUGUUUGAAAAGAUUUUAAGACAGACCUUUUUUAUUGGCAGCCAGCUGAGCCUUGAAGAUGUGAUCCUAAUUCAGACCAUUUUGGCCCUUGAAGAGUUACUGCCUAACAUCCCCGCUUCAUUUACCCACUGCCAGGGGUACUCCGUGAAAAUAAGUAAUAUCCCUACAAUUAAGAAAUUCCUUGUGCCCAGCAGCAAGAAAAAGCCUCCGCCUGAUGAUGUCUACGUGAAAACCGUCUACACCCUCUUGGCCCCUUUGUGA